GACUAGGACUCGUCACCUACCUUAGGUUAGGUAUCCGCCUACCUACCUAUUGUACGAACUACCUGCGCAUAUUAUUUAGAGGCGGCAUCCCCAAAUAGAAAAUAGAGACCAAGAUUUAGAAGAGUCGCAAUCAUGUCGAAAACUUCCCCAUCCAAGUCCUACCCAAUGGACAGCCCUUUCGGCAUAUCAAGAGCUCCAACUACGAUGACCCUCGAAGCUCCCCCGCCACCAUAUAGCCAAUGCCUAGACGAGGGCGAGGUCAAUCAAGGUCGGCGAGAUGUUCAUCUUAGGGUUAAUGUCAUCGAAGACGAUGGAUCAUCUAUCCGGUCCCGCAACUCCGACGCCCGUAGCUGUAGUCCUUCCAUCCGACGAAAUCCCAUAACGCCAUGCAACCCCUUCCCUCAAUCAUGGAGUUUAUAUCGCACAUUUCCGAUGAACAAAGUCCUGAUGGUCGGUGCGCAUGGUCGAGAGCCAAUAUACGCCGUAUCGCGACAUUCCGGAUGGUGGACAGGGAAGCCGGACCUUGUCCUACAUCGCGGACCGAGCGAAACAAUGACUCCAUUGGCAGUUGGUAUGGGAGGGGUUGGAAUAGGACGGCAUUCGAUUAUUGUGCUUACUCCACUACCUGGAUCGGGUCUCGAAUCGUCGCAAGAGCUUAUGAUACGGGUAGAAGAUGAUAAAGCAACAGACCGACCACAACAUGUACGGUUUCAAUUCGCCAUCGAAACAGGCAACGAGCUUAGCUCACAGAAGCGAGAGACUUUCGAAUGGCGACAUACAUGGGGCGAUGUUGUCGCGGCAUAUUUAGACGGCGCGAGAACUGGGUGGCAAUUGGUACGUCUAACCAAUGACCAAGAGGAUCAGGAAGAAAUCGAUGACAGUCCUUCGAUACCGGGGCCAAGAACAGAAGACGGGCUUGAGGUUGUAGCUGUAUGGGCGUACAGUAAGAUGAAUAUGUCGAAAGUCCUCAAGUUUCGAUACCUUGGCAGUGGGGCCACUGGCGUUUUGGGAUCUCGGUGGUCGAUCAUGGCGUCUAUGACGGCAUUAAGGAUGUUCCAACGGCAACAGAAGAACAAACACAAGGAUUGGUGAUUGUUGACGUUUCAUUGACUUUCCUAUGUUUCGAGCAAGCAAGCACGUUAUAUUUCCUAGGUGGCAUGGUUAUCAAAACAUUGCCUGUCAAUGCGACGCCCAUUUUGAUUUCAAGGGCCGUCGACAAUAGCAACAGGUGUACUGAAUAAACUCAACAUUUCCCUUGUAACUUUAAGGACGGGGGUUGGGGUGGAAUAGGUAAUUAUCAGAUGGUAGAAAGGCGUUAUAGCAUUGGAAAUGCUGUGUAUGGCCCGGGGCCAACUGCAGCUAUGGGAUGAGGCAUAUUUGAGGUUAUAAGCUGGGUAUGUUGUAAUUUAUUGCACUAGAGUAGAAACGGCGCAAAAUUUUCAUUUUACUUGCGGAUCGAUCGGAUUGUAGUGGUAUUCCGAGCAACUAAAUCCAGGAAUUAGCCACAGGCUUCAACAAAC